GAAGCAGGGGAGUGCUUUAGAAAAAUCCUUAAGUUCUUCUGCUCAAAUUCCUCCUCUGGAGAUGACUUUACUUUUAUGACCUGCCCUUUCUGUGCCUGUACCUGAAAGGCGUGUUCAGAAGCUGAAAUUUCCACGGCGUUUAACCCGCUUGUGCCCUUUGCUUUGCUGCGUCUCCUGAGCCUGGACUCGAGAGUGGCGCGGGUGGGGGUGGAGCAGGGUCUCCGGGGCAGUGAGCGUAGGUGAGGCAGUGCCUCCGCGGGGAGGCACAGGGAGCAGCGGGGUGAGCUGCUCAGGUGAGGGUCAGUGUUUGAUGGGGAACUGGCAGCCUGGAGGUACAAGACAAGGAGGAGAGUUUGUAGGGAUCAGCUGGACUGGCAGCCCAACUGUCUGUGCCCAUCCUUUCUGGCCGCCCACCCAUGCCAAGGACUUCAGUUUGACAAAUGAAAAAGAUGCCCACUCCAGUGACAAUGAUGAGAACUCAGAGCGUGGCAACUGGGCAAACAAAGGCGAAUACCUGCUGUCCAUGGUGGGCUAUGCCGUGGGCCUGGGCAACGUCUGGCGCUUUCCCUACCUCACCUACCAGAAUGGAGGAGGUGCUUUUCUAAUCCCCUACACCCUGAUGUUGGCAUUAGCUGGCUUGCCCUUAUUUUUCAUGGAAUGUUCCCUUGGGCAGUUUGCCAGUCUAGGGCCAGUUUCCAUCUGGAGAAUACUACCAUUGUUUCAAGGAGUGGGCAUCACAAUGGUCAUCAUCUCAACAUUUGUGACUAUCUACUACAACGUUAUCAUUGCUUAUGCACUCUACUACUUAUUUGCCUCAUUUCAAAAAGUGCUGCCAUGGUCAGACUGCUUUUCCUGGGCAGAUGAAUUCUGCAGCAAGACACGAAUAGUAAGUGACUGCAACGCAACCUUGCAUGGGGAAAUCAUUAAUGCAAACUACUCAUUCAUCAUGGGCAACAAUCUCACAUGUAUAAAUGGCACCAUAAACUACAAACCAGUGCAAUUUCCCAGUGAGCAAUACUGGAACAAAGUGACUCUGCAGCGCUCGAGUGGGCUGGACGAGACCGGCAGGAUCGUGUGGUACCUGGCUCUCUGCCUCCUCCUGUCCUGGAUAAUUAUUGGAGCUGCCCUGUUUAAAGGAAUCAAAUCUUCUGGAAAGGUUGUCUACUUUACUGCACUCUUCCCAUAUGUCAUCCUGCUCAUCUUGUUGGUGCGAGGUGCCACUCUGGAAGGUGCUUUGGAUGGCAUUGAGUACUACAUUGGGAGACAGUCCAACAUCACCAAGCUGAUGGAGGCAGAGGUUUGGAAAGAUGCAGCCACACAGAUAUUUUACUCCCUGUCUGUGGCAUGGGGCGGGCUUGUUGCUUUGUCUUCAUACAACAAGUUCCACAACAACUGCUACUCAGAUGCCAUUGUAGUUUGUGUGACCAACUGUGCCACCAGCAUAUUUGCUGGCUUUGCAAUAUUCUCCAUCCUGGGACAUAUGGCAUUUUUGUCUGAGAGACCCGUCUCAGAGGUGGUGGACUCAGGGUUUGACUUGGCCUUUGUAGCCUACCCAGAGGCUCUCUCCAAGUUACCGGUUUCUCCUCUGUGGUCCUUCUUGUUUUUCUUCAUGCUUCUACUUUUGGGCCUUGACUCCCAGUUUGCCAGCAUAGAAACACUUACAACUACCAUUCAAGAUAUAUAUCCCAGAGUGAUGAAAAAAUUAAGAACACCUAUAACCCUGGGUCUGUGUACAGUGUUCUUUUUUCUUGGGCUUAUCUGUGUUACCCAGGCAGGAAUUUACUGGGUUAACCUAAUAGAUCACUUCUGCGCUGGAUGGGGAAUCCUUAUUGCAGCUGUUCUGGAGAUAGUAGGCAUCGUCUACAUUUAUGGAGGAAAUAGGUUCAUUGAAGACAUUGAAAUGAUGAUUGGAAAGAAGAGUCGUUUAUUCUGGCUGUGGUGGAGAAUGUGCUGGUUUUUCAUCACUCCUGUGCUGUUAAUGGCUAUUUUGGUCUGGUCUUUGAUCACGUUUUCAAAUCCCACUUAUGGCUCAGUGUUAUACCCAACCUGGGGAACCGCUGUUGGCUGGUGCAUGAUCAUCUUCUGUGUCAUCUGGAUUCCCAUUGUUGCUAUUGUAAAAAUAGUUAAAGCUAAAGGAAACAUUGUUCAGCGCAUUGUCAGCUGCUGCCAGCCUGCAGCAAACUGGGGCCCCUACCUGGAGCGCCACCGAGGAGAGCGAUACAGCCACGUUGUGGAUCCCAAGAAGAAAAAGGAGCAGGAGAUUCCCACUGUGUCUGCCUUUAUAUACAAGCAAUAUUGAGAUGGCUGUUUGGAUGACUGUUUUUUAGUAUAUAUGUGGGUUUUGUCUUUUAAUAUUGGAAAGGUACUAGGCAAAAAAAAAAAAAAAAAAAAAAAGGCAAAUCAACAGCCCUGCCCUUUAAAAUCCAGCCCCCAAAUGAAAGCGAGUCAUAUUAUUUAUUUUUAGUGCUUUAUUCUUUGGGGAGGAACACGUCAAUUAGGCACUGAGAUCUCACCAGAUAUGUAGGUUGAGAGGGCAGGAUAAUACACUGCAGGCUCCCCAGGCUGCUGGACUGGCCAUGCUUAACCCCAUCCAACUGGUAUCCAGCUGGACUGCAGAUACAGGUGUGGAGGAGAGUAAAGACAUUCUGGUGCUCCCCAGCUGGAGCCCAAAGGUGCUGUGUGUUUGUGUGUGUGUGUGUGUGUGUGUGUGUGUGUGUCCUGAGGUGCAGUUGCUGCCUUCUGCUGUGCUCUGCCCCCCCAGGGGUGUGCAGUCAGCAGAGGGGAAUGGGUGUGCUGCUGCCUGGCAUUGGAGCUCAGGGAACAUGAAUAAUUCUUCUCUAAGCCUUGCUCAGUGAGCUGGGAGGCUGCUCAGGAUUUGAUGUUGAGUAUGUUCUGUGUGUGUGUGUGUUGUCUAAACAAAUAGAAAUAUUGAGUGGCAAAAAAUUGCUAUCACAGGAAAUAAGGCUUCAACACGGUGAGAGGCAGGCUGCUUUCUAUUUCUCAUUAUUCCCCUUGGGAUCCCUAAAGAGCUAUCUUUGUCAUGCCCUGUGCUCAGCCCUCAUCUGUCUUUAAUUCAAAAACCUCAUGUUUCCAUAUUUUGUCAUUAGGCUCUGCAGAAUGAAAGAGUAACCAUUGAAUUCUGGUUUGUCUGCUCUCCUAUUUCCAUCAAUGCUUUACCUGUCAGGUUGUUUUCUGCUUCUUUUACUCAGAUUCGGGCUUUCCCUUCCAAAGGAGACCCAAAGUGCUUUUUUCAAAGACUCAAACAGUGUUAUGGUAGGGCCAAAAGAAGCAGAACUUUAAGUAAAGUGAAGGUUAAAACUACCUUGUAGUACUGUUAUUCCAAAAUUUGCUGAACUCAUGAGAUUAAUGAGAAGUUAUUAAGUUUGUAAUGCAGUUGGGAACACAGACUUGAGCAUCUACAUAGGCAGGAAGGGUUUGGGUGAAGAGAAACUGACUUCACUUGUAUUACAAGUGAAUCCAGAUAAAGGGGGAAAAAAGACUAUGGAGAGAAUGAAUGCAUUUGGUGUGCUGAGGAACUUCUCUCUCACUGUGAUAAUGGUUCCAUGGGAACAAAGCAGCAGGGUGUUCAGCUGUCACUUGCUCUCAGGGCUUUGUCACUUUUUCUGGACAUGAAGGAGUGUGGAUAGUGGCUUUCUUGCCCAAGCUGCAUAUCUUGGUGUAUGUUUUAUACUGGGAGGUUUUUUUUUUGUGGUUUUUUUUUUUUGUUUUUUUUUUUUUUUGUGACAAAUCAACACUUUAUGGCGAACAUAAUGUGAUUUCCCUGCCCUGUUUUUAAUGAUUUUGGAACUGGCAAAUAAAAUGUGAUUUUAUGUUUUUAA